GACCCUUCUGGGAGCAGCGUGAGCAGCACCGCUGCGGGAGCAGUGAGACCGCACUCGUCCCGGCGGUCAACAUCAAGAUGCUGCCGGUGUACCCGGAGCCGAAGCACAACCCGCUGGGGGAUGCGAACAUCUGCUCGCGCCUGUUGUUCUGGUGGCUAACCCCCCUGUUGCGAGUUGGCUACAAGCGGAGGUUAGAGGAAGAUGACAUGUACUCGGUGCUUCCAGAAGAUCGCUCCGCACACCUUGGAAAGAGCUGCAGGGUGAGUAGCAGGUACUGGGAUGGAGAAGUUUCGAGAGCUGAGAAAGACGCACAGGAGCCUUCUUUAACGAAAGCCAUCAUCAAGUGUUACUGGAAACCCUAUUUAGUUGGGGAAUUAGAAGCAAGUACCAGGCUGAUGAUGAACCUGGAGCUCCUGGAGGCCACCCCUGAAGAGAACAGAUCAGCCAGCGAGCUCCCGGCAGGCCCGGCCCCUGUGUGCACCUCCACGGGGACUGCAGGUGGGGAGGACAGGUCUCUGCCUGCCCAGGAUCCUCAGGGUGGCAAGGAGGAGCCUUCAGCUGCUUCAUGGGCCAGAGACACACAGGAAGGCACCAGAAUAGUUCAGCCUGUACUUUUGGGGAAAAUUAUUAGUUAUUUGGAAUACUAUGAUCCCAGUGAUUCUGCCGCCUUCCGUGAAGCCUUGGCCUACGCCGCAGGGCUGAGCGCCUGCGUGCUCACCUGGGCCUUUCUGCACCACUUGUACUUCUAUCACAUUCAGCGUGUGGGGAUGAGGCUGAGGGUAGCCGUGUGCCACAUGAUUUACCGCAAGGCACUUCGCCUGAGCAACUUGGCCAUGAGGGAGGCCAGCACCGGCCAGAUAGUCAAUCUGCUGUCCAAUGACGUGAACAGGUUUGACCAGGUGACGAUGUUCCUGCACUUUCUGUGGGUGGGGCCUCUGCAGACUGUUGUGGUGACUGCCCUGCUCUGGAUGGAAGUAGGAAUAUCGUGUCUUGCGGGGAUGGCAGUUCUAAUUCUUCUCCUGCUUUUGCAAAGCUGCAUUGGGAAGUCGUUUUCAUCACGCCGGAGUAAGACCGCAGCUUACACAGACGACAGGAUCAGGUCUGUGAGUGAAGUUAUAACUGGCAUCAGAACAGUAAAAAUGUACACUUGGGAAAAGUCAUUUGCGGAUCUUAUUGCCAGAUUGAGAAGGAAGGAAAUUUCCAAGAUUCUGACCAGUUCCUACCUUAGAGGACUGAAUUUGGCCUCAUUUUUUGCUCUGAGCAAAAUCAUGAUUUUUGUCACCUUCUUUGCCAAUGCACUCCUUGGCAACGUGAUCACAGCCAGCCAAGUGUUUGUGGUGGUGACACUGUUCGAGGCUCUGCGGUUGACGGGCACCCUCCACCUCCCCAUGGCCGUCGAGAAGGUGUCCGAGGCGGUCGUCAGCAUCCAAAGAGUCAAGAACUUUCUGUUACUCGAGGAGACAUCACAGCACAACCCUCAGCUGCCAUCAGAUGGUGAAACGAUAGUACAGUUGCAAGAUUUCACUGCUUUUUGGGACAAGGCCUCAGGAAUUCCAACCCUCCAAGGCCUUUCCUUUACUGUCAGACCCGGGGAACUGUUAGCUGUGGUUGGACCUGUGGGAGCAGGAAAGUCGUCACUGUUGAGUGCGGUGCUGGGGGAGCUGCCCCAGAGUCAGGGGGAGGUCACCGUGCGCGGGAGGAUCGCGUAUGUUCCUCAGCAGCCCUGGCUGUUUCCAGGAACCGUGAGGAGUAAUAUUUUAUUUGGGAAGAAAUAUGAAAAAGACCGAUAUGAAAAAGUACUAAAGGCUUGUGCUCUGGAAGAGCUUUUGGAGGCUGGGGAUCAAACUGUGGUUGGAGACCGUGGAACCCCACUGAGCGCAGGGCAGAAAGCCCGCAUCAGCCUCGCAAGAGCCGUGUAUCAGGACGCGGACAUCUACCUCCUGGACGACCCGCUCAGCGCCGUCGAUGCAGGGGUCAGCAGGCACUUGUUUGAACAGUGUAUCCGCCAAGCCUUGCAUGAGAAGAUCACAAUCUUAGUGACCCAUCAGCUGCAGUACCUAAAGGAUGCAAGCCAGAUUCUGAUAUUGAAAGAUGGCAAAAUUAUGAAAAAGGGGACUUUUGCCGAGUUUCCAAAACCUGGGGUAGAUUUUGAAGAUAUCCUUUUAAAGACGAAUGAAGAGGCUGAACCAUCUCGAGUUCCAGACUCUCCCACUCUGAGGGGUCAGCCCUCCGAAUCUUCUGUUCAGCCUCAAGAGUCUCCCAGACCCUCGCUGGAAGAUGCUGCCCCUGAGGACCAAGAUACUGAGACUAUACAGGUUACCUUGUCACUGGAAAGCCGUUCAGAGGGAAAAGUUGAUUUUAAGGCCUACAAGGAUUACUUCACAGCUGGUGCUCACUGGAAUAUCAUCAUUUUGCUUAUUCUCGUAAACAUCGCAGCUCAGGUGUCCUACGUCCUUCAGGAUUGGUGGCUCUCUUCCUGGGCAAAUGAACAGAGUACCCUGUAUGCCACGGCACAUGGAAAAGGAAAAGAAAUUUUGGUACCUGAUCCUGGCUGGUACUUUACACCUUAUUCAGUUCUCACUGCAGGUACCGUGCUAUUUGGCAUCUCGAGGUCUCUGUUGAUGUUCUACAUCCUUGUUAAUUCUUCACAAACUCUGCACAAGCAAAUGUUGGAGUCCGUUUUGAGAGCUCCGGUGUUGUUCUUCGAUAGACAUCCGACAGGAAGAAUUUUAAAUCGUUUCUCCAAAGACACUGGGCAUAUGGAUGACUUGCUGCCCCAGAUAAUUCAAGAUUUCGUGCAGACAUUUCUUCUUGUGAUGGGUGUGGUGGGCAUCAUGGUGGUGGUGAUUCCUUGGACCGCAAUUCUCCUGAUUCCACUUGGCAUCAUUUUCUUUGUUCUUCGGAGAUAUUUCUUAGAGACGUCUCGAGAUGUGAAACGCCUGGAAUGCGCAACUCGGAGCCCGGUCUUUUCCCACCUAGCAUCUUCUCUCCAGGGACGCUGGACCAUCCGGGCGUUCAAAGCCCAACAGAGGUUUCAGGAGCUGUUUGACACUCACCAGGAUUUGCACUCAGAGGCCUGGUUCUUGUUUCUGACCACGUCCCGAUGGUUCGCCCUGUGCCUGGAUGCCGUCUGUGCCAUCUUUGUCAUUGUUGUUGCCUUUGCGUCCCUGUUUCUGGCAGAAACUUUGAAUGUCGGGCAGGUGGGCCUGGUGCUGUCUCUCGCCCUCACGUUCACGGUGAUGGUCCCGCGGUGCGUCAGGCAAAGUGCCGAAGCCGAGACUAUGAUGAUUUCAGUAGAAAGAGUGACUGAAUAUCUAGACCUUGAGAAAGAAGCACCCUGGGAAUACAAGCAUCGUCCGCCACCGUCCUGGCCCCAACAAGGAGAUAUUGACUUUAGUAAUGUGAGCUUCAGGUACAGCUCAGAUGGGCCUCUGGUCUUGAAGGACCUGAUACCAUUGAUUGACUUAAGAAAAAAGGUUGGCAUUGUGGGAAGAACAGGAGCUGGAAAAAGUUCCCUCGUCUCGGCCCUUUUCAGAUUGUCACGACCCAAAGGUGAAAUUUGGAUUGAUGGGAUCUGGACAGCCACCAUUGGACUUCACGAUUUAAGGAAGAAAAUGACAGUCGUACCUCAGGAACCUGUUUUAUUCAUUGGAACAAUGAGGAAAAAUCUGGAUCCCUUUAAUGAGCAUACGGAUGAGGAACUGUGGAAUGCCUUAGAAGAGGUUCAGCUUAAAGAAGCCGUUGAAGGUCUCCCUGGGAGACUGAAUACUGAAUUAGCAGAAUCUGGAUCAAACUUGAGUGCUGGACAGAGACAGCUGGUGUCCUUUGCCAGGGCUAUUCUCAGGAAAAAUCAGAUAUUGAUUAUUGACAAAGCCACAUCUAAUGUGGAUACAAGAACUGAUGAGUUAAUUAAGAAAAAAGUCCGUGAGAAAUUUGCCCAGUCCAUUGUGUUAACCAUCACAAACAGGUUGAGAACUGUUAUUGACAGCGAAUCUGUAAUGGUUUUGGAUUCAGGAAGACGGGUAGAAUUCAGUCGGCCGUAUAAGUUGCUGCAAAAUAGAAACAGCCUAUUUUACAAGAUGGUGCAACACCUGGGGGAGGCCGAGGCCGCUGCCCUCACUGAGACAGCAACACAGGUGCACAUGGAAAGGAAAUAGCCAGAAAUUACUCACAACAGCCACACGGUCUGAACGUUUCCAGAGGACGGGCCUCCGCCUGAACAGUGUGGGGGCAGCACUGUGAUCCUGCCGUGAGGGCAGGUGUGCUCCAGAGGCAUUUCUCCAAGUUUUUGCAUUGCAUAAACUGUAUUUUACUUUUUUUUAAUACCAGCAACAAAUAUUUACACAUACAGGAUGUUAGUUUAUUUUUUUUUCUUACACCUUCACCCGGUGAUUGCAAGCUCUUACAAAAAUGAUUUGUUAUUUUUAUUUAUAUGUUACACUUUUUUUUCUUAUCCAAAUCAGGGCUCAGGCCACCAAUAAAACUGUCUCUCAGGUUUUGUGCCUCAGAGACUCCAGAGCAAAGCUUAUUUUCUAAGCUAUAAGACAGAGUUGUCCCAGAGGUGUUUACUGCUCCUCCCUUCCCCCAAUUACAUCCUACUACUUUCCAGUUAUAUCAGGGAUCCUGUUCACCUGAAGACUGUGUAAAGUUGUCAUUUUCACUCAUUUCUUCCUUUAACAGAACUAGGAUCCAUUAUUCCACCCAAAUACUUCACAGGAAAAACAAAAAAUAUAUACUUUAGUUUGUGACAUUAUGGAAGAGAGGUGCCCCCCCUCCAAAACAUAAAAAGACCUGUGGUUAAGAUAGAGGACAGUCUUUAUAUGGUCUAAGAGAAGGAAGAGAAAUAUCCUCCAGAGGGAUUUGAUAAUGAAGGACACACAUGUGACUGAUCGUCUUCUGGAUGGAGGGUUUUAUUUUUUACACUUUUAUUGUGGUAAAAUGUAUUUAACGUCAAAUAAGCCUACAAUUCAGUCGCCUUAAUGGCAUUCACAGUGUUGUGCAACAAUCAAUGUCUGGUUAAUUUUUGGUAAUUAUCUUAGUACUAUUCAGGUUUUUUUUUUUUUUGUCUCUUUUUGUCUUUUUUAAGGCCUGCACCCAUGGCAUAUGAAAGUUCCCAGGCGAGGGUUGAAUUGGAGCUGCAGCCGCCAACCUACACCACAGCCCCAGCAACGCCAGAUCCAAGCCAUGUCUGUGGCCUACACCACAGCUCAUGCAAUGCCAGAUGUGUAACCCACUGAGUGAGCCCAGGGAUUGAACCUGCAUCCUCGUGGAUCCUAGUCAGGAUUGUUAACUGCUGAGCCAUGAAUGGAACUCUGCAGUGUGUUUUUUUUACAGAUUCAUUUUGGUAAGUUUUAUUUCUCUAGGAGGGAUCUAUUUCCUGUGAAUUUUGAGCUUGAUUGGUAUAAAGUUAACCAUAAUAUCUUCUACAUUUAAUCUCUGCAGCAUCUAUAAUUGUGUUCAUUUUGGCUUAUUAAUUUUCUUUGGGCCUUCUCUCUAAGAAUAAUCUUACAUGACUUUUGCCUAUUAAUUUUCAAGAGUCAGUUUUUUGCUUAAUUGAUCUUUGUUUUUUAAAAUUUUUAGUUAGUCAUAAUAUUCUUCUUUUAACUUUUCAUUUCCUUAGAGAUUUUUUUCUCAAAAUUCUUAAAUUGGAAACAAUAUCAAUUAUUUUUCUAAUGUCAGUAGAUGAAGCCUACUUUUCUAAGACCCACUUUAGCUUCAACCUACAGGUUUAGUACUUGUCAAUAACCAUAGUGUUAUAUAUUUUCUAAUUUCUAAUUUAAUUAUUAGUUAUGUAUUUUACCCACAUGUUAUUCCUAAGCAUAAUGUCUCUUAAAUUUCAAAGGCUGAUUCAUUUUUUUCUAUUAGCUUGAAGCAUAUGGAACAUAACGUAGUUUUAACCUAUCAAAUGGCAGUUUUCUAUGGUUCAACAUGAUAGUUUUCUUUGGUUAAUAUUUAUCUUAAUUUCAUUUUAGUCAGAGACAUUAUGGAUUUUAAACCAAAGCUAACCGUGUUCAUUCCCAAAGUCCUGUUUCUGCAAUUUUGUAUCUCUUUGGGGAUUUUAAAGUUGUAAGUAUGUGAAUAACUAAUAAUUUUCAAAUAAAAAUCCUGAACACUGGAA